CGAUCUAUAUUUUCAGCCGAUUUUUCGAGCUCCGUAACUCUUCCUGAUGGUCCAGGAACAGUUUAACGUUCGGAUAUCCAACGCGUUGCUCGCUACUUGAACAAACAAAUGAUGCAGAACAAGACAAAUAUGCCUGCUGCUAUUCCACCGCACAUAGUCAAGUGCUUCAAGUACAUUGAUGCUCAGAAAAAAAAAUAUGUUCAAGAACUGAGAGAAAUCGUGGCGAUUCCGGGGAUAAGCAACGAUCCACAAUCUUAUAAAGAAUUGUCGUCCAUGAUUGAGUGGAUGGAAGAACGAUUGAAAGGGCUUGGCUUUCAUGUCGAUCUUAAAGACGUUGGAAAUUAUACACCAGAAGACUCGGACUCGUCGGUCAGAACGCCAUUCGUGUUAUUAGGCACUCUGGGACGUAGUGGAAAUGCAAAAACACUUUUGUACUAUUGUCAUUUGGAUGUGGCGGACGUGGCUCGUGAAUCAUCGACGACAACAGAUCCUUUUGAAUUGAUCGAACGAGAUAAAAUUUUGUACGGUCCUGGAGCUGCGAAAAUGAAGGGUCCUCUGCUCUGUUUUCUCCAUGCCCUUGAAGCUUACAAAGUUCAAGGCUUGGAAAUUCCAGUCAACAUCAAAAUAUUCUGCGAAUCGAUGCACGAAGUGGGAAGUCCUGGUGUUGAGCAGGCUUUGAAAGAGCUGAAAACAGGAUUUUUAACAGGAAUUGAUUGCAUGCUCAUAAACGAUGGAGAAUGGAUUAGCAAAAAGGAUCCCUGUUUGAUUCAUGGUUCUCGUGGAUAUUGUUACUUCGACGUGACUAUCGAUGGGCCCAGAGAGAAUUUUCACAGUGAAGAAUACGGUGGAAUAUUAUGGGAGCCCAUUCAAGAUAUUCUCUUCAUAAUAAACACUUUGGUGGAUGAUAAGGGCCGCUUCAAAAUUCCUGAAUUUUAUGACGACGUCGUCCAAAUCACUCCUGACGAGGAAGACAUUUAUCACAAUCUCAGAGUAAACAUUGACGAUUACAGAAAAAUAGCGGGCUUGAAGAAGCUCGCUUUGGAUGGAAAAGCCAAACGAACGCUCAUGAAUGUUUGGCGGAAUCCGUCAUUCGUUUUGCACUACAUUGACAACAACUUACAGGCCGAAGUUCCUGUUCAAUUGACAAUUCCUAAAACAGUCACCGCCAGAUUUUCUAUACGCUUGGUUCCGUAUCAAAAUCCUGAGCGAGUGUGCAAAUUGCUGUACCAAUACAUCGAGGAGAAACUGGUCGAACGAUGCACUCCCAAUAACGUCACUCUGAAGGGAAACAGCCAGAUGUCUCCGUGGUUAGAGGAUCAUUUGCACUGGAAUUAUGAAGCUGCAAGGAUCGCGACGAACGACGUUUACAAGCAAGACCCGAACUUGAUAAGAGAGAGCAGAGCUUAUCCAACACUCUUGAAAUUUCGCAAGGGGUUGAAGGGGAAAAAAAAUAUUUUGGUCUUACCACUCGUAGACAAUGAAUCAAAAAUCGGCAUGGAAGGUGAAAAUAUUUCAUUGAGUUGUUACAUCAACAGUACCAAGCUACUUACAAGUUAUUUACAUCAUUUGAGCGUUGUUUCACAAGACAGUUGAUCCGAGAUGUGUGUACUAGCUUUCCAUAUGACACUCCAAUUUUGCUCCCAACAUAAUUUUAUCUUUCCGAAUCACUACCAUACAUUUAAUUUACUUGAUUCAUUAUUUGAUAUUUAAACAAAUGCGAUAAUCAUGAAAACUUGGAGGUUUUGUUUGAUGUACAGAUGUGCUUUUGUCCAAACGAUACGGUGCACAUGUUUUCAUUCUUAUUCAUCGAUUCACGGUCUAAGGGAAGUCAAAAAAGAUGUAAAAAGCGUUGGAGCUUUCAUUCAACUAUUUCAACACUUUGAUCAAGUGUUUUUGUAUUUCAAAGUUGAAAAAUAACUGCAAUAAUCUCACCGUCAAACGGGAGUUUUCAAAAAUUUAGAUGCAGGAAUUCAAUAGGCAAAACCAGCAUUGUACAUGUAUUAAAUAUGAGAGCAAUCAACUUGCUGCAGCAAGUUGAUAAGGGAAUUCAAUUAAUCAAUAAUAACGAGGAAUAUUGCAUUUUAACAAUCACUUAUUGCAUUUUAAGUCUCGUUUUCCAAUAAUGCUCGAAUAACUAAAUUGAGAAAUGUACGAUUCGUAACUACGAAAAC